CGCCGCCGCCGCCGCCACCGCUGCCGUCGUCGUCGUCGUCGUCGUCGUCAUCGUCGUCGUACUUCUCUCUCUCAACCGAAUACGCCGGCUGUGAGUACCGAGCCAUUACGAGCCGCGACCCAAGCGGACCCACCGAGUCGAGCGGGAUGACGCGAAAAAAAUGUGCGCCGUAUCAACGUGGCUGAUGAGGCUGAAAUCGAGCCUCUCACGCACCACAGUAGGUCUUAGAGGAUGCACAAGUUAGCCAAAGGCCUGAAGAAGAAGAAAAAGCCGAAGAAGGGCAAGAAAGGGGCGGAGGAGGAGGAUUUCAAUCCGGAAGAGCUCGAGCGUUAUCGGCGCGAGCGGGCAGAGGCCCAACAGAAAGCCGAGGAGGCUGGCGAAGCGACUAAAGGUACCGGAUCCGACGAGUGGAAAAAGUUCCAGGCUUUGACUGCUGGCGUCGAUUCGGUCUUGAGGAAGACUCAGGAUGACCUCGAUCGGAUAAAGUCUACCUCGUUCUUCCAGCGAAAGGCGCCGUUGGAAGAGAAGAAGCCGGAGGAGGCGAACCAGGAGGAUUCCAACAAAUCAUCUUCAAAGAGGUGGGUGGGCUUCGAUAAAGAGGGUAAUCCAAUCGAAGCCGCACCGUCGGAUAUCGACGGUCAAGAAAGGAAGGGAGAGAGACCGUUGGUCAACGAGGACGGUUUCGUAGAAAUACCGGAAGACGAGGAUGAGCAGGAGGACUCCGCCGAAGAGGAUAUCUUCGACACCACUUACGUCGACGUUCUUCAGAAUAUCGACGUUCAAUUAGCUUACAUACCGGACAGCCCAACCGAGGAGGAGACCGGAGAGGAUCCUUUUGACACCACCAGCGCCGACAAGGUUCUCCGUACGGUUGAUAAAAAGGGUAACAAACUAGUCAGCUUAGGCAAUGCUGUUGAGGUGUUAUCGGGAAGGAUCGAUUAUGUAAGCACUUGCAAAAUCACCAAGGGAAGGCGACCUCGAAUUCAGCAAGAUCUAUUGUUGGACGACUUUGAUGAGGCGGAACAGCCGUCGGUAGAAGCCGUUGCAGCGGAACCGGUAGAAGUACAGAAGACUUUGUUGGAUGACGACAGCGAUCUGCCCGAUAUCCCAGUCGAUUUGACGAAAUUACCGCCUGUGUUACCAAGACCAGUCACUCCCGUUACUUUUACAGCCACUCAGGAGGGCGCAGACUCGACGAACACUGAAAAAACGUUAAAUGGUCCGCUAGAUAUUUCCGAAUUCGAAGUUCUGAAGGAGAAAACGGUUUUGGAAGAGAUUCCCGACUUAGAUGACGCUGAAUUUGAUUUAAACGGCGCGCCAGAUGAACCGGUUUGUCUCGAGGAAGCCGAUGAUCCAUUCGCCGAGAAAGAACCUGAAACGACCGAUUUUCAGACAGAGAUAAUCGAGGCCAGCUUUGAGGCAGCUACCUUCGUUGACGAGGCCGAUCCGUUUGACACUGCAUUCGCGGAAAAUAUAUUACCAGGUAAAACAGAACUGAAAUUCAUCGAGAAAGAGCUCGAAGAAUUACCUGUCUCGGAAGUAUCCAUAUCACUGACCGAUCCCGCUGGCUUGAACAGAGAUUACGAAACUGGUCUACUGAAAUUAGAUAAUAAACAGAAAAAUGGCAGUUCGCUGUUACCCAAGAAAGAUCUGCUAGGCGGCUCGACCACCGAUCUUAGCCAAUUGGCAGACGAACCGAUCGCACCUGUCGAAGAAAUUAUCUACGUAGAUCCCUUUGAUACGUCCGCGGUAAAAGAGCUUCCACCCGGUAAAACAGAACUCAAGUUCUUAGAAAAGGAAUUGCUCGGUGAGCAACCUAGCAGUUGCAUCGAGGAUGACGACGAUUUUGAUCCGAGGAAAGAUGAGGAAUCAGUGAAACAGCCGCCCAUAAAACCGCCACCACCUAGACCAUCCGCACCUGUUAAAUCCGUUCCAGUUAAGCCUGCGUUCGAGGUUAACUUUGAAGAGGACGAGAAGGUCGAAGUAACACCGACGAAUCUCGAAAGAAAGACUUCCAGGCCAGAAGUCCUUGAACUAGCUCCCAUCAAGGCUGUCGCGUUUGAACUACCGACGCCGUCGAAGAGACCUGAUCUUCUCGCGACUAGCGAAGAGGAGAAGACCUUACCUUCUAAACCGCUGACACCGUACUACUCCCAGAAGUCUAUAGAAGAGUCGUUACCGAUAGAAGACGAGGAAGUAGAUGUCGAUCCGUUCGACACCAGUUUUGUUAGUAACGUCGCACCUGGCAAGACCGAGCUCAAACUUAUCGAGUCGGAAUUGUUGAGACAAGAGCCUAAGCUAUCUCACAGUUUGAGCGAUCACGACUUCGACCCGAGGUCUACCACAGAACCAAUUAGAAGACAAAGCGAUUUCAGUGCUACCUCGGUUACACCGGGCAAUCUAAAGCUUGCGCAGUUACAAUCAUCGCUGAUACAAAAGGUUGAAGAAGAAGUUAUCGCAAAACAAGCACCUCAGAGACAGGAGAGCUUGCUGGAUGCGGAAGUCGAGGUCGACGCGAAACCUCUGACGCCUAGGGUUGAGAGCAAACCUAUCGCGGAGGAAGAGGAGAUCUCUUAUUUGGACCCGUUCGAUACUUCUAUCGCGACGAACAUCCUUCCCGGCAAAGCAGAGCUGAAGAUAUUGGAGAGUGAGUUACAGCAAAUUUCUCAACCACCACCACCGCGUCCCAUCAAUCUACCCGCCGUGGUAUCUACGGUUGCGUCAACAGUCCCGGAAAUUGACGAUUUCGAUCCUAGAGCAGACGAAAUAAAAGAGUCCAAGGACUUCCUGUCUUUGGAUGGACAGGAUCCUGGUGACAAAGUGUUGACGCCGCUUCAAAAUAAAGAUUUUAAUUUGGACGACGACGUGGAUCCCUUCGAUACUAGCUUUGCUACUAUCGAGCCUGGACGGACCGAACUGAAACUGCUCGAAUCGGAACUGAUGAAGUUCAAUUCAAUCAUGGAUUCCAAGGGCGGAAAUCCAUUCCUAAUGGACGAUUACGCGGCGGAAGCGGGAGGUGGCUUGCCCCCGCAGGCUUCCAAUCCUUUCCUUCAAGAUUUCACCGACACAGCAAGUUCUGGAGCGGGCGAGAACCCUUUCCUAAAUUUCAGCAGCGAUCAGACGUACGAACCGCCGAUGUCCGUUGAUUCUACCAAUCCGUUUGCCUCUUUCGGCAUUGAAAGUACUGCUCCGAAUACCGGAUUCGAAGCGGCCACUGACAUUAAUACGCCAGCAACCAACGUUUUCACUAGCCAACCAUCUGAUAUCUUUGUUACGUCCGAUAACGCGGGCGUGGAUCUAUUUGGUACGAUGACGACGACGACGGCAGCCGAGAAACAACCGGCGGCGGUCGUUAGUCCGCCGCAGCCAUCUCCGGCGGCGACACCUCCGUCGAGAAAUGGAAAGCCACUGCCGUCAAGGCCACCCCCGCCAAGACCGCAACCACCACCACCACCGAUACCGCAUCCACCGGUACAGCCACCUGCCAAGAACACGAAGGACUUGAUAUUAUCGGUCACGGGGGCAAUGGACGCUACUUCGAACCACCUUCUAGAUCGGUUGCAAGCAACCAGAACACCUAGCCCCACGCUGAUGCAUUCUCCAUCACCCACCCCAGAGCACAGCUUCGCCGAUCUUCUAGACGUCGAUAGCAAUGUGCCGGAUUUGAUUCCGGACGAUAAGGUCGUUGAGCCGCCGAAAAAUCAAGACAUUAUGGACCUCUUUGAGCUUGAUGCACCUGACACAAACAUCACCUCGAGCAGUAUCUUCUCUACUUCCAUGAUCACUACGGGUACUACCAGUCUCACGGGAGCCCCAAUGACAACUGCCGCGAAGGAUAACCCCUUCGCGAGCAUGAGCGAAGAGGCGGUGGUCCCUUCUGCCUAUGGAAUGGAAUAUCCAGAAAAUGUCAUUAGUAGCGAGAAACGGCCUUCAAUGACUUCCCCGACUCCUUUCUCGGUCAUAGAAACGGAUGUCGGACAACCCGGCGCUGUCCUGGACCUUGCGGAACAUGCUCCUGCGGCUCAACCUGUGUCAACAGCAGCUGCUCAACUCUUUCAAGAGGUCAUUUUUACAGGAGCAGAACAGGUUUCCACCGGUGCUGACACAAACUUUUUCUCUAUGGCCAACACAACCACAGCAAUGCCCUUCGCAGCUGCAGCUCAACCCUUGUUUGCUCCGUCGGAAAUCGCGCAGCCCGCUUUCGCCUCGGAUCUACUGGGUGAUUUCGGAGAACCGACCAAGGAGAUUAGCAGUGGUCUGAUCUCCACCAGUCCGACCCCUGGAAUGGAGUUUCCCGGGAACGAGGCUUACCGACCCGAAGAACAGUUGGAUAACUUCGCCGCUACGACGAAGGUGAUCGAGAAUACCGGCGACUCAUUCGAUGCUUUUGCAUCUAAAUUCGAUAGGGCCGCGGAAGUGGAAACUAAUGGCGGUGAUCCCUUCCUGGAUGCCUUUGGCGGACCAACCGCUAUGGACACCUCUAGCGAUGUUUGGGGAGAUUCGUCGGUAGCAGGCUCGGAAAUGACAAUGAGCGGUUUCGGAGAACCCGACGGUUUUGAUUCUUUCUUGAGUAUGACAGCACCACCGCCGGAAACGAAAGUGAAAAGAUCCGAGUCUGCGGAAUCGGAUGAAGGGCCCGAUUUCAGUGUAUUUAUUAAACCGAAAGAAGGAGACCAGAUAAUAACAGCAGAAGGUGGACCUGUACCUACGUUAGCGCCGCCGCCGAAAAGUCCGCAAGUCGCCGCGUAUACAGAUUCCUCGCCGCGUUUCAAUCCCUUCGAUAAAUCCGGAAUUGCGCAGGAUGCUGUGGUAUCCGAAACUGCACAAACGGCCGAAAUGGCUAGAACAGAUUCUCAGGAAACUCCACCUACUCCUUUGUUCGACGAGGAUGUUAGCCAACCGCUCGAGGAUUUCCCGCGGAUAACUUACACCGGUGACGGUUGGGAAAUGCAGUUACGACAGCCGAAUAAAAAGAAAAUCACGGGGCAACGUUUCUGGAAAAAAAUCUUCGUCAAGCUGGUCUAUCAGGGUGACAAUCCAAUCCUUCAACUGUUCAACAAUAAAGAUGACAAAGAUCCGUUUCAAGAAUUACCUCUGCUCGCUUGUUACUCGGUGUCAGACAUUGGCGCCCAACAAUUCGAUCAGUACGGAAAAAUCUUUACGGUGAAGCUGCAAUAUAUCUUCUAUAAAGAGAGACCUGGCGUGCGACCUGGUCAAGUCACGAAAGCGGAAAGACUGACUAACAAACUCAGUCAAUUCGCAGCAUAUGCUAUUCAGGGUGAUUAUCAAGGCGUCAAAGAGUUUGGGAGUGAUUUGAAGAAAUUGGGUCUUCCUGUCGAACAUGCACCUCAGAUUUCUCAGUUAUUCAAACUUGGUUCUCAAUGUUACGAAGACAUGAAACAAUUUUCCUGCGCUAUCGAGGAAGCUCUCUUUAGAUUACCGGCGCAUCGCGACCGGGCUCUAAAUUACAAAAUGGAGGAGGUCCAGGUAACAGUGGUAGAUGAGUUAUACGUUGAGCAGAGUGCUGAGGGUCACGUGGACAAGCAGAUUGCACGUGUUCGUCUUUUCUUCCUGGGUUUCCUUUCUGGUAUGCCCGACAUAGAAUUAGGAAUAAAUGAUAUGUGGCGGCAGGGUAAAGAGGUCGUUGGCAGGCACGAUAUCAUUCCCGUUGUAACGGAGGAAUGGAUUCGCCUGGAGAACGUCGAGUUCCAUUCCUGCGUCCAGCAAGAUGAAUAUGAAAAGUCACGAAUAAUAAAGUUCAAGCCGCCUGAUGCAUGUUACAUUGAAUUGAUGCGGUUUCGCGUAAGACCGCCUAAAAAUAGGGAACUACCGCUUCAGCUAAAGGCUGUUAUGUGCGUUACUGGGAACAAGGUGGAGUUGAGAGCGGACAUUCUCGUGCCUGGUUUUGCAUCCAGGAAACUAGGCCAAAUACCAUGUGAGGACGUGAUGGUUCGCUUUCCUAUACCCGAGUGCUGGAUCUAUCUAUUCAGGGUAGAGAAACACUUCAGGUACGGCUCGGUAAAAUCGGCGCACAGACGAACGGGGAAGAUCAAAGGUAUCGAGAGAUUCUUGGGCGCCGUCGACACGUUAGAACCGCAACUGAUGGAGGUAACUUCCGGUCAGGCGAAGUACGAGCAUCAACAUCGCGCUAUCGUAUGGAGAAUGCCCAGGCUGCCCAAAGAGGGACAAGGCGCGUAUACGACACAUCAGCUGGUUUGCCGUAUGGCUCUCACUUCCUACGACCAGAUCCCAGAAAAUCUCUCGGAAUACUGUUACGUGGAGUUCACGAUGCCGGCGACGCAGGUGUCCCACACGACCGCGAGAAGCGUCAGCCUUCAGAACAGCGACAGUGACGCGCCCCCGGAAAAGUACGUCCGAAAUUUGUCACGUCACGAAUACAGGGUGGGGAUCGAACAUACGCAGGGCGAAGGGCCGAGUGCAUACGUUACAGCGACGAUAGCGAAAAAGAUUCCCGAGAGUACUCCGGAAGUUCAAGAGACGCCUGAACCACCGGCGGCAGAGUCCGAUUCCGAUUCCUCGGAUGGCUAAAUCGGUCGCUAUAAGUCAACGUCGAUCAAUCGGCGCCGCAUUGUAAUAAUUAGUACAUUAUCAAGGGAAGGGAGAAGGUAGGAGAGAGAGCUAAAAAAGGAACGUGUUACGUAAGUCGAACGGUAGAGAGCUACAUAUGGCUGACACACUAGUCGUUUAAGCGGUGAACGUAGGUACUAUAUCGUGUACGUGUUACUAGUCUGUAUACAGAGGGAAAAUUCGCGCGAAUCGGCCACGAGAUGUUUCACGAGUUCGCAAAUAGUUGCAAUAAAGUGCGAAUGAUCAUGUGCGAAAGCGGUUCGGCAUUAGUCAAAUUGACAGGUGUUAUGAUUGAAGGAGAUGGAAGCAGAUCAGAGCAGAGACUAAAAUUAAUCGAUUUACAAGACGACGUCUUGACCCUCGAACGUAUCGAUUGCUGAACGAUCGAAGUAGACCAGAGCUAUACGAGCUGAAAAAAUAAUCUACCUGACAUUUGACGUAUGCAAAUAUACAAAUUAUUAUUGUCUUUUUAUUUGAGAUUCUCGCAUCUACUUGGGGACUCGGAGCUUGGGGACUUGUUACCUCUUUUCUUUCCGAUCUUCGACCCAAUUGCUAAUGAUCAUUGUCCGCAAUAUAAUCUCGCAUGCGAACGAUUCGCAAGACAUCUCGUCCGCACUCGCGCCGCGCAACAUAGUGGCUAAUGACAAGUAAAUUAAAGGGAAAAUAAUUUGAAAUAUGGAAGGACAAUACUGCUUUUCCGUUUUGUUUAGCUUGUUAAGUCGUAGAGCAGUUGCGACGGAAAGCUUUGCGCUCGUAAAGUACGUUCAUGGCAUUUCAGAUAUUUAUCGACAUUCCUGAUCGUAACAUUGAGAACAUUCUCUUCGCGGCCAUGCGCUUUUUAAACAGACGGUUCAAAUAUCUAAAAAUUUACAUAAAACUCAUUUAAAUUGUGUCUAGGUCUAAGUUCUUUUGAUUUAUGUCAUAGAAACAGUACAUUUUUUCACUUGCAAAUUAAAGCAGAAAUGUUCCUCGUUUAAACAUUCUAAAACUUUUAGAUACUUUAAGAAACAUUCAUAAAUCUAGUAUCACAUUUUUGUGAAUUAUUGAAAGAAAAGACCGCCCAAAGAUAUAUCGUCCUAAAUCAUGUCGUCGUCGCAAUCAGAGAGCAAUGAUCUGUUAGAUAUCGUUACUUUAUAGACGCGAGCAUAUCCCAUUGUUUGAGCUUAUAGAUGAUCUAUGCAUACCGUUAUCUAGUCGCUAGUAGAGGUACUAAGUUAUAAAUCAAUUAUCACGGUUAAAGUCUGCGGUUAGAGUCUGUUAGAUAUAGUGUGCGGACAACAAAGGAGAUAGUUUUAGAACGGUGGUGUCCACUGCGUGUGCAAUAUUAAUUCAGCGUGAAUGCGAUAAGUGCGAUGAAGACUUGCGAGAGUGCGAGAGUAGUCCUUAACAAUACUCAUGCGAGUCAUAGUAGUAAAUCCUCUAGGAGAGGUUGUAAUAACGCGAUUGUAAAAAGAAUCCUAGACGUAAGUUUCCGUUCUUCGUUAACGUUUUAUUUUCGUCCUUUUCAGUCGGUGUGCAACGCUACCGACUUGUGGCAGGAAGAAUGCAGCAUUACCAAAUAAUAAGAAAGCAGUAGCAUAAUUAUGCGAGGUUUCUAUCGUGUACGUUGAGUACAGAGAGAUCUCCAUUAAUUAUAUAUAGUCUGACGUGUAAUAUCAUCUUGUAUUUUAAAAAUAAGGUAUUUAAUCGAUUAGAGACGUAAGUUUCAGUUGUGUUUUGAAUCUUUCGUUGACGCAUUCUCAACCUAUGAAAAAGGUCAGAAGAGUUCAGUCUAGUCCUUAGCUAUUAAGACAAUCGUAUGACACGGACGAAUUUCGCCGUCGAUCAUGCGUUAGUUGAUAAGGUCUAGAUUAAGGUUCUACUUUAAGCGUAACUUCGACAGCAAGUACUGACAAGGGUGGCCAACCAAAGAUAGAUUAAGCUUAUUAAUUGUUAGUUGCUACUCUGAGCCUCGGCGACGUAAACUAGUCCUUUACAAAUGUCUCACAGAAUCGUACUACUGUUUGGCGGAAAAUUAUUUGAUUGAAAUGUCAUUUUUUAACAAAUAGAAUAAUUCUCUGUAAUGAAAACGCAAGUGUUAAAACAAUCAACAACAGCAACAGAUUUCAAUACAUCACAAUUUUUACGACGUAAUAUCAAAUAUCAUAUUUUUAUCUCAUUAAAAUUAACUAUAAUUUAGCAUCUUGAUAUCAUUUCUUACAUAUAAUAGACUUAAGUAGACACACUUUUCUUUGCAAAUAAAAAUAUUCGUGUGGUAAUUUGUCAUGGUAUCGAAAGUUUCAAGAGAAUGCGCGCAAGAUGCGAAUCUACAUGAUAUCCUAGCAAUUUGAAACGGCGCAAAGCUUUUCGAGUUACAGCGUCGAGGUGUUUGAGUUCGGUAUCUCUAAAACGGAUUUUGGGCAGGUUCUUCUUCACGGAGGCCUGCGCCAAGAACGUGACGUUUCCAGCUCGUGAUCUCAAAAUAUGCGUAAUCCUACCGUCGUGUGAUCCAGAACGGCGUGUUCGUGUAUCUAAGCAAAGGAGGAGAAAAAAAACAGAAACAAAAAGCAUAAAUACAGUUAAACGUUGCAUGUAUAGAUUUUAGGAAAAAGGAUAAGUAGUUAUAUACAUAACGAGAGUAAGUGUGUGGCUCCGGCGUGUUUACAAUGACUCUGAGAGAGAAUGCGGAGAAAGAAAGGAAAGAUUAUAUGCAAAUUGGAUUUUGAACAUUUAACGAAAGAGGAUUGAUACUCACCAUGUUUGUUGCAAUUUUGCGCGAGAGCUUUGCUUCUCGGACAAAUUUCCCACUUUGGGAAGGAGGAAAAUUGUGAGAGAGGCAAACGUGCAAUCAUGAGAAUGUUAUGAAAAAUCGUCACUAAAAGUAUUACACUUUAUAAACGAUUCAUUAUAUGACGCGACUUGUUAAUUUCAUUUUACGUAUAUUUUAAUACAAUCACGCGCGAUGCGUUAAGCCUUGAAAGCUCAUCAUAACGAUACGAUAUAUAACUCACGUAUUUCGUGAAAUGUGAUGGUACUCCCUAUUUCUGUAAAAAGUAUAGCUUCGAUGUUAGCAUGUAUGCAUUGAACAAUUGAAAAUAUAGGCGGGAGAUUAUCAUCACGAUCUCCAUCGCAAUAUACAUAUAUAUAAAUGUGUCAUGUGCGUAUACUGAUCGGUCCCUUGAGAAACAAAGAAUUAUUUAUCUAUUACUCCCUUGGAAAAAAAAGCAUUAUUUAUCUCCGUAAAGUAAGUAGAAAUUGUAGGCAAUAUAUAUAUAUACAUAUAUUAUAUACAGUUCUAAACCCUGUUGAUCUGACGUGGCACAAGAAAUGGAUUGUAAAGAAAAUAACAAACCGUAGAAUAACAUAAUCGUUGUCCCUAUCGCAUCAAGAAAUGUUCUGUACAGGUGAAAAAAAAGUCUGUUAAGAUAAAGUUUAGUCGCGCUUUUUGUGAGACCGAUAUGUAAUAUUUAGGAAAAACAAAAAAAAAAGAAAUAAAGAAACGGAAUAUCGUGAGAUGGAAGAUGUGUGACGUAGAUAAGAGUAUAGCGUGUGUUACUUUGAGAAUUGCUUCUUCUCAAUAUGCACGCGAUCGCCCUUAAAUGAGAUCGUCGAGGAAAGCUUAGUUGCGGCUUGCGCUUUUGUCCCGCGACUGCAUUUUGCUAUCAACAAACGGAGAGCGAAUAAAGCGCUGAAAAUACAAGUCACGUUGUAUACUAGUCCGAAUAAAGGAAAGUUGCUGUAUUCUAAUAAAGAAAGUGCGGCUAACGUGAAGCAACGACGACCGUUGAAGAUUCUUCCAGUGUACAUUGUCCAUUUGGAUUAUGAAGAGCAAGAUGCCUCUUGGUUUAAAUUUUCUCGAAACUGGACUUGAUCCACUUGCACUUUCACAGCUUCAGACAUAGAAUUCUUCGCAUUGCUAAGAAAAAAAAAGUUACGUCGCACAGUGCUCUCGCAUCUAUAUGUUGAAAAUGCUAAGCGAUUCUGUAUAGACCAAAAUAUCUAGUUUGCCAAAAUUGCUUUUAAAUAAUUGUCUUUUGUUUUAGAGCGUAUUGUUACGAGGAUUCUGCCAGGAAUUCUGUAAGGUUCUAAGUGUGCUCAAAGCUGGUAGAUUCUUAGCCUAUUGUUAAGAUAUAUAACAGGAAUAUUAAAAUAAAUAAAUAAAUAUAUAUAAAUAUAUAUAUAUUUACACGCGUUAUAUUGAUUCAAUAUUAAUGUUGUAAUUACGCGUUGCUUGUGAAUGUUACAUUAGCGGAUGAUAUCAUUUAAGGGUUGAUCGACAUCAGGGUUAAUCAACGCAUGAGCGGAACGCUGAAACGAAUGUGUACCACUUUAUUUCGUCGUGGCAGAUAGUAAUGUAUAACAAACAUGAUCGAAUAAAUAACUUACGUUACAUAUCGUAAUCCAGAGCUUUUUAUAGAGUUACAGCACGCGUGUUCCUUCGAAGCUACGCAAGUACGUAAUCGCCGCAAGAAAAAUACGUAAUCGCACUCAUACCGCAGUCAUACCGUCGUGCAUUUUGACCAAUUUAAUAUAAUAUGCGGGACAUUCCUUUUAGACUUGUACGUGAAUGGUGGCUGUUGCAGAAAGUUCUCCUUUUUUCGCGAAAGUUUCAAGGUAAUUAGGGGGAACAUUGCGUUGAAACUUUAAAACAGUGUAUACAUAUAUAUAUAAGUUAUCGCAAUAUGAAAGUAUAAACCAAUGUUUCCCCCGAUUUAAUUUAAGAGCACAGAACUCCGAGAACUUGUUUCCAACAUUUCUUACGUGCUUCGCAUAGAAUGGGAAGAUAUCGCGGAAUAAUAGUAAUCAACACGAUUGCAAAGUUAUCAAUCUAAAAAAAUGCGCACAUAAUUCAAAAUACCGUAAUUGAUCGCUCAGUCGUUAAUGCAAAUUUUCUUACCGCAGCUGCAGACAUGAAAAUCUUUAUGUAACAAUAUAAAUCGACCUGCAACCGAUUGACUGACAAUUAAUUCUCAGAGUAUUUUUUUUUUUACACACAAGAUGACAUAAUAGUAUGAUGUAUCCGCAGUGUACUAUUGAUAAUGUAUUAUUAGUCUUCAACUCAAAAUUCCCAGACAACAUGCUCGUCUGAAAGACAUUUGAAAGACGACUUAAUUUAUGACGUCUUUUAAUUGCCUUUAAGGCAUCAUAAUAUGUUGUCUGGAUUCUUUCUAGAACGAUUGCAACAACGAGAAAAAGGAAUGUUAUCAUAAAAAUGCAGCCUUCCCCUUACAUGAAUGAUUUAAUCAAGAAUAUUGAGCAAUAUUCUUCGUGAGACAAGGAUAGUAUUAUAAAUAAGAUCGUAAUCCAAAAGAGCAAAAAUUAGUGUACGUUUUUCUAGAAUAUAGGAAUUUCCAAAUUAUGAGAGAGGAAGGGGGAGAGUAGACAGAUGCAACUUUCUAUUAGGAAAAAUGUGGAGAAAAAUAAAAAAAAAAUAAAUUAAUUAAACGGUCGAACUUUCACUCCGAGAAUCUGGAUUCAAACAUAAUUAGCACGAUCUAAUUGACAUUAGAUUCAAGCAGACAACAGAAAAAUAGUUAGAAUAAUGCGCGCUUUCUGGUAUCAAUAUUGCUCUUGAAGAGGAAGUGCAAGAAAAUUUCAACGUCGAAGGAAAGUUAGUUUAGAUUAAACACUAUUAGGAAGCCUUUCUUUUAAGACAAAAAGAUGCGCGUAACGUUACAUUUCACAUGAACCUCGCGUUUUGAGUGCGUGUGAGUAUAAUUUUAACGUUCAAGAAUAAAAAAAAAAAGAAAUUCAUUAGUUUCGUAACGCAGCUACAUAAUAUUCAUAGUGCCAGUAUAUAAUUAUUGUACACACAUAUUGAGCUCAUGAGUCGGUAAAUUAACGCAGAUUAACGGCAGGUGGAUUGUAUAACGUAGAGAGCGUAGACGAAGACUUUACGUUCCGGUUUCUCGAUUUGUUUCACCGUUCGAGACGGUAUCGGCCCUUAAAAAAUGAAAAAGGUAGCAUCUGGAAUAACGUAUAAUGCGUAAUAAACAAUAAUAAUUCCCUGCGAAUAAAAGGAGAAACACUGAACCUCCAUCCUAAACAACUUAUUAAAAAAUAUAUAUAUGGAUGUGCAAUGAUAUAAUGUACCUAAUUAUCUUAUGCGUGUAUCUGUACAUCUAUAUUUCAAUUGUAAUCUAAUCAAUACUAUAACCAUGUGAUGUAUACAAAGAGUACCAAAACGAACAGCAGAAAUGUUUCAAGAAAUUCUUUGUGUAUAAAAUUUACAAGUGUGAGAGAGAAAAAAGAGAGAGAGAGCAAGAGAGAGAGAAAGAGAGAUUGCGCGCACAGGCCAUUUUUGAAAGCAAAGAUGAAAUAAAUGUAGCGUUGUUAGCAAAUGA